AUGGCGUAUAAUCAGCAUCACAGUGAUAGUGGGGAUGACAGUGAAGAAGUAAAAGUUAUUGAUGAUCAUGAAAAGAUUAAGAAUAAUGAAAAUUUGUCUUCCAAGCGUAGCGGGACCUCUGGUUUAGGGUCGAGCGACGUCGAGCGUAAUGACUGGGAAUACGAUGGUAAAUAUGACGGUAUUAGGUUGAAAAGAGAUCUAAAGGCGCGUCACAUGUCUAUGAUUGCUAUUGGCGGGUCUUUGGGUACUGGGUUAUUAAUUGGUACUGGUACGUCUUUAUCGCUAGCUGGACCGGGAGCUGUAUUUAUUGGUUACUGUAUAAUGGGAGUUGUUGUGUACAUUGUUAUGACAUGCUUGGGUGAAAUGGCGGCAUAUAUACCAUUGGAUGGAUAUACAUCAUAUGCGACGCGGUACGCCGAUCCUGCACUAGGGUUUGCUGUUGGAUAUGCGUAUCUGUUCAAGUAUCUGAUUCUUACUCCGAACCAGCUUACGGCGGGUGCGCUUGUGAUGCAGUAUUGGGUUCCGCCUGGGCAGGUGAAUCCUGGUGUUUGGAUCACGAUAUUUUUGGUUGUAAUUGUGACAAUUAAUAUUGUGGGAGUGCGGUUCUUCGGGGAAUUUGAAUUCUGGCUAUCGAGCUUUAAAGUGCUAGUUAUGAUUGUCGUCAUCAUCCUAUUGUUCUUGAUUAUGCUUGGAGUACCAAGUGGCGAUAGACUCGGUUUUAGGUACUGGAGCAACCCCGGAGCGUUUAACGCUUACAAAUCCGGUUCAGUUGACAUAGAGGGUCCCACUGGUCGCCUGGUUUCAUUCAUGGCUGUGUUUGUUUACGCGCUGUUUGCAUACUUGGGUACGGAGUUGUGCGGUAUUGUUGCCGCGGAAACACAUAAUCCAAGAAGAAAUGUGCCUCGCGCCAUCAAGCUGACGUUAUACAGAAUUAUUGUUUUCUAUGCAUGCACCAUUUUCCUAUUGGGUAUGUGUGUUGCUUACAAUGAUCCCGGAUUGUUACAAGCCAGUAAUGCCACAACAUCGGCCGCUGCGUCACCAUAUGUGGUUGCGAUUAAGAAUGCAGGUAUUCCUGUUUUGCACCAUAUUUUCAAUGCCUGUGUGUUAAUAUUUGUUUUCAGUGCUAGUAACUCCGACUUAUAUGUGGGAAGCAGGACUUUAUAUGGUCUAGCAAUUGACCAUAAGAUUUCUAAGGUGUUUGCCUACACCAACAGUUGGGGGGUUCCCUAUAAUGCUUUAAUAGCUUGUACAGUAUGCUGCUUCCUUGCUUAUAUGAACAUUUCUAAUUCCGCAGCCAAGAUGUUCAAGUACUUCGUUAACGUUUCGUCCAUUUUCGGAUUGCUAUCUUGGAUUACCAUCCUAAUUACUUACGAUGGAUUCUACAAGGCUUUCAGGGCACAGGGUAUCGACAGGUCGACAUUAUCUUAUGCUGCACCAAUGCAGCCAUGGGCCGGUAGAAUUGCACUUGGUUUCUGCUGCUUCGUUGCAUUAAUGAAGAACUACACAGUAUUUUUGGGACCCAGAUUCGACUACCAAAACUUCAUCACAGGUUAUAUUGGUAUUCCAGUGUACAUUAUAUGCUUCGUGGGAUACAAGGUCAUUUAUAAGACCAAGUGGAUUAAACCAGAGGAUGUUGACCUAUACUCAUUUAAAGGCCCAAUUGAUAUGGAGGAAGAACAAGGGAAGAUCGAGGAAGCAGAACAUCAGAAGAUAUUAAACGAGAAAGGAUGGACGUGGAAAUGGUUAUACGAAAAGAUUUUCGGAUGGAUCUUCUAG